CAGAUACUACGUGUAUGUCCAUAUUUAUUGUAUUGCGGUAAAUAUGAAAAAUAAAUGAAGAAUAUAAUUCUUUUCAAUCUUCACAUUGGCUCUCAUCUCUCACACACAAAGAUGAAGAUCAUCCUCCUAGCCCUCGUCUUCCUCCUCGCGUCCCCCUUCACCUCUGCCGGGAGGAGCUGCCCCGGCGUGACGUCCAUGACGCCGGCGGCGGCGUGCAAGGCGGCAUGCGGCACGCCGCUCAUGCUCAGCCUCUGCACGGACACGCUCAGCAGGGAGUUCAACCCCAAACCCAACGAGAUCACGGCGUACGCGCUCCUGGCGGUGCGGCAAGCCCUCGAGUCCCAGAAGGCCACCGUGGGCCGCAUCUUCGCGCUGAUCGGCAAAGGAGGGCUCUCGCCCAAGGAGGUGCUGGCCUACAUGGCCUGCCUGCCGGCCUACAACUUUGCCGGGGAGUCCAUGGGCCACAUCUACGGCGACAUGCUGCCACGCUGCUUCUUCUCCGGGCUCCUGGAGGAGUACCAGAAGGGGAUCAAUGGGGGCAUCGAGAGCUGCAGGGACGGCAUCUUGCAGUUCCUGGCGACGCCGCUUUACGCUCUCAUCGUCGCCGACCGGAACAAGGCCGUGCUGGCCUUCUUCCUCGGCAGGUUGUUGCUGAGUCAAUGACCGUUCCCAGAUUGUAGUGCUGCAUGUCUUCGAGUAAUCGCUGCAGAUUAUUAACCCAAAUAAUAAUUAUAUAUUGUAGAGCGUGUGAUGAUCGAUCUGGCAUGUUUUGGGAUACAAUAUGAAUUACUAACUCCAUUGUGUUGUUUUA